GAAAGUGCAGCUUGAGCGGGGGAGCUUAGCUAGUCGGGGUCUCGGGCCCUGGGAGGGCGGGAUCCGGCGCCGCGGCUGGGUCGGCCGUGCAGCCAUGCGGGGCCGAGAGCCCCCAGGACGCUUCACGGUGCCGGCGGAGGCGGAGGACUCGGUGCUGGAGCUCCGGCCCCAUGUGGAGCGCAUCUUUAGGGUGCAGCUGAGUGUCCUCGGGGAGCCCGAACCCGGGUCCCAGAGCAUUUGGUUGCAGCUGGAGGGCCCCCAGGAGAAUGUGGGCAGAGCCAAGGAAUAUGUGAAAGGCCUGUGCAGCCCGGAGCUAUGGGAGGAAGUCAACUACCCACCAGCCCUGCAUUGUGUCUUCCUUGGAGCCUGUAGCCUCUUCCUGGAUUGUCUAUGCUGGGGAACCUCAGCCCACAUGGUGCCCCAAGCCCCAGGCUCCCUGUUGCUAGGGGGCCUGGCCGAAGCCUUCUUCAUGGCCCAGAACCGGGUAGAGGGGCUGGCAAAGCGGCUGGGGCGUGACCCCCUCCCACCCCCUAAGUCCCGGGGGGUCCCAGAGGCUGAAGUGAAUAGGGCUUUCCGGGCUCUGCUGGUAGGCCGGGAGGAUGAGCACUCUGGGGCCCUGCUUCGCCUGCCUCUUGCUGUCCAGGAGGAGCUCUUGAGGCUGGUGCAAGAAGCUGUGAAGGAUGGGGGAGAUGCAGAAUGGAUGGGCCCUCUUGAACCUCCUCCGGAUGGCUCUUUCAGGCCUCGACCUGGGAGGAUAUCAGCCAAGCCCCUUCUGGAGCUCAGGGCACUCCAGCGUGGCCAAUACUGUGGGUCACGUGGAGAACCUGGAAAAGUCAGCCGGACAGAAGACAGACAGGGUCAUGUAAUUAGAGAGGGCAUGACAGUCCUAGAACUAGGAGGACGGAACCGAGGCAAACGUGUCUAUAGGGAGAUUCCUAAUCUGAUUCCUAAUUGCAGGGGGAAUAAACGACCAGUCAAUUCCCCUUCCUUCAGGGAAGAGAUGCUUGGCUUGAUAAGGCAGGUCUUGGGGGAUGGAUUGAGCCCACUUACCCUCACGGGGCCUCCAUAUGGUGCUAGUGCUUCAAAGGCACAAGGUUCCCAUAAACCUUCCUCAGAGUCCCGUAUUCGCUGGGGGGAUAGUCCUUCCAAGAGGAAGGAGGACCCUCAUGGGAAGAACUCAGAUGAAGGGCAAGAACAACCCAGGGUAAGUUUCUCUUCUGAGAAUUAUAUGAAACUGCGCUCUGCCCAAAUCAGGGAGGUUGGGUUAGCACAGAAGCAGUUCCAUAAUCUUGAGACAAAGGCUGCCUUUAAGUCCCAGGCCACAAUCCCAUUUGCUUCCUGGAAGAAUGUGAGCUUCCCUGGAACCUGGGGGCAAGGUAGUCCCUGCAGACCUCUGUGGCUAGGGCCUCAGCAUUGUGCUGUAGGGCAUUCAACCUUCUGGAGGGUACAGGAUGGGCAUUCAUCCCCCUUGCCUUGGGGCCUAGACUGGGGGCGCAACUUACCCCACAAUCCACUGAGGCAAGCAACUCCCUUCAAAUACAAGGUGCAAGCACAAAGUCCUAUCCCUGUGAGAUUAGAUUGGAAGAAUAGACCUCUCCUCAGGGACCCCAUCUUGGUGCCCCCAUCCUGUAACCCAGGGUGGUGGCAGGUGCUAAAAACAGCCCCCCAAAUGUGCCAGAGACCAGUGACCCUGACACCUGGAGGCUAUGAUGUCUGUUCAGGGACCCUGCAGAGAGGAACUCUCAUUGGAGAAUGGGAACCAGGGCUACUUCCCACCUGGCUUCAUGAACCAAGACUGGUCACUACCUUGGGGGAGCAAGGACCAAUACAAGAGCUGGUGACCCCUUUCCCAGAGAUGUCCCUUGCCAGGGCAGAGAUCUUAACAGAUAUCCUUCGGGAUGUGUCCUGUGGCCAGCCCUUUGGCCCUGUCCCCGUCUCGCUGCUGAAGUACUUUGGGGAACCCGAGAGACAGAGACAGGCAAACUGCCAGCCAAUACACUGCUUUGCCAGUGGCCCAGUUUUCAGGGAGAAACGGAAGAAGAACAAAUGCCCCAAGACUGUGGGCAAUGACCAGCAUGUACCAUUUGUCCACCCACAAGUGAAUAACUUGGUGACCAGCUUCCAGCGUUUUCAUGAGGCUCUGAGUGUGCCUUUCACCUUGAGCCUUGAAAACAUCCCUGGGAAGCCGGGACUUCGUCAUAUCAUCAUUGAUGGCAGCAAUGUGGCGAUGGUCCAUGGCCUCCAGCACUUCUUCUCCUGUAGGGGUAUUGCCCUGGCUGUACAAUAUUUCUGGGACAGAGGCCAUCGAGAGAUCACCGUUUUUGUACCCAAUUGGAGGCUGAGGAAGAACAGUAGGGUGAGAGAGGGUCACUACUUGACGAAGUUGCAUUCUCUCAGCCUGCUCUCCAUCACCCCUUCCCGAUUCGUGGAUGGCAAGAGGGUCACCUCCUAUGAUGACAGGUUUAUGGUGAAGCUAUCAGAGGAGACAGAUGGGGUCAUCGUCACCAACGAUCAGUUCCGGGAUUUGGUGGACGAAUCAAAGAAAUGGAUAGGGAUCAUUAGAGAACGUCUACUGCCAUUCACUUUUGUGGGGAACAUCUUCAUGGUUCCGGACGACCCACUGGGGCGGGAUGGCCCCACCCUGGACACAUUCCUGAGGAGAACAGAUGGGUUGGAGUUGGCUGUUAGCAACUUUCUGAAGGUCUGGGAGACAAAGCCUCCUGCCAAAGCCUCCUUUCUCCCCAUAAAGGCCAAAGCGCUUCAAGGUAAGAAGCAUCUAAAGAGGGGCUGCUCUGGACCUCAGCAAAAGGGAAAGGUGAAGAAGGUGACAGAGGGUGUAGAGAAACUGAUGGCCAAGGAGGAAGACUCUCUAGACACUUGCCUGUCCACAGUUUUCCGAGAAGAAUGCCCCUUCCUUUCAGAUGAUAUUCUCCGGUAUUUUAGCCUCCAGGACAACACCUCAGAGACCUCUCUCACUCCCUGGAAAGGCUCUUCUCAACUUGAUAUCCCUUGGGGUGGGGCAGGGCAACCCACCUGCCAAAGGGUCCUUGACCACUUGGCUCAACUGACUGUACCAACCAGCUUCUCUGCUCUCUCCUUCUUUGUGGGGUUUAUGGGAUGCCACAAAGAUGUGAUCCCCCGCUAUUCCUCCCUUGUCGCUCCACUCCAUGGCCUCCUCAAGAAGAAGACACAGUGGCAGUGGACUCCUGAGCAUUCCCAGGCAUUCCUGGCCCUGAAGCAGGCUCUGGUAUCAGCCCUCUCCUUGGUCCCCCCUGAUCCCCAGUUGCCCUACCGUCUGGAGGUGGCCAUGAGUGAGAAGACCUUGGCUGCUGUCCUGACGCAGGAGCGGGCAGGGCUGAGGCGUCCCAUUGCUUACACCUCAAAACCCCUCCUCCCCCAGGAGGGCAAGGCUGCCCUGAGCAGAGGUGGUGGCCUCUGUGCCCUGGCCUGGGCUGUGAGGCGUUUUGCUCCCUCUCUUGGAUCUGUCCCUGUUGUUCUGGAAGCCUCCUACACUUCCGGGGACACCCCAGACCCCGAGCAGAGGGAGAGUCUAGAGACUUCUGACACGUGGCUGGCCCGAUGGUCCCUCCUAGUACAGGAUAAGGACAGGAGGACCUUGGGCACAUCUUUCCUCCCUGGGCCUUUGGGUGACAGUGGCCUCCCAAUGCCCACACCUGAUUCCCUGCCUCAGUUUUUCCAAAUACUGCCACCUUUUUCUGACUUGUCCUCCUUUGUAUGCAUUUAUACUUCGGGGUAUUGUUUUUAUCAGGAUACCGAGUGGUGUGCAGGCUUUGGGUUGUAUGUACUGUCUCCUGACAGUCCCCCCCUGUCCCUCUCUUUCUCUUGUUCCCCUCAUACACCAACCUAUGCCCACCUGGCGGCUGUGGCUUGUGGCCUGGAGCGAUUUGUUCAUUCCUGCAUCCCUCUGGUAUUUCUGGUUAAUUGUAGCUGGCUCUUCAACAUCCUUACAGAUCUUCUUCCUCUCUGGCACUCCCGUGGUUUUCUGUCCUCGGAUGGGGCCCCAUUGCCUCAUCCAGCCCUGCUGUCCUAUAUCACUUCCCUGGCCUCCAGCCUCCCCACCUUGCCCUUCCUCUUUAAAGCCUCCUACAAGGGGGCCCUGUUUAGUGUGACAGUGGAGGCCUUAGCCAAGCAGGGCGCCCAAGGGUCGGGGCCGCUGUGGAAGUUGCCAAGGCAUAUCAUGCCUUCUGUUGGAGUGGCAGCCAAUCCCUUGGGCAAUGGGCCGAAUCUUCAGGCAUUGCAGGAGAAUGAUGCCGUUUUGUUGGAAGCCAUUUGUCAAUUGCAGGCUGGGCGUAAGCUUCCCGGACAUUCACCCCUCAAGCCUUUUGAACCUGGAAUCAGUUUUGUUAAGGAGUGUAACCUGCUCAUGUAUAGAGAGAUGAAGAGACCCAAGGUCUGGAUUGUCCCAGAGCAAAUCCGGAAGGAUCUGAUUUACUCUGUGCAUGAUAUCCCUCCUGGUCCCCAUGCUGACCCAGAAGAGACUCUCAGAAGGGUGAGGAUGUUAGGUUGGUGGCCUAAGAUGCAUGGGCAGGUGAGGGCCUACUGCAAAUGUUGCUUGUUCUGUACCUCAAUAAACAACCUGAGUAAGGAGUCCAAGUGUAUGCGGACCCAGUGGCACUCCACAUCUGCAGUGCCCUGGUCCAGUCUUCAAAUUGAUGUCAUGGGUCCCGUGCCUGCCAGUGAGGAGGGCCACAGGCAUGUGCUGAUCGUGUCUGACUCCUAUUCCUCCUGGACGGAAGCUUUCCCACUAAAGUCCUUCACGCAGAUGGCGGUGGCCCAGGUGCUGCUGCAGCAGGUGUUUUCCCGAUGGGGGUUGCCAGCAAGGCUGGAGGCAGCCCAGGGAUCUCAGUUUGCCAGGCAUGUCCUAAUGAGCUGUGGCUUGGUGCUGGGAGCUAAGUUGGGCAGUAUCUCUGGGGAUAUCCAGCCUGCUGAACUGAGGGAUAGGAACUCAAACCAAGCCUUUAAGAAUUUGUUGGAGGAAUUUAUCAUCCUUCAUGGGAAGAACUGGGCCAGUUGCCUGCCCCUUCUGCAUAUGGCCUUUAGAGCCCUGGAGUCUGGACCCACACCUUUUGCUGUUGUGACAGGGAGUGAGAUGAGACUGGCUGAAUCUUUGUGGUGGGAGCUUAGCGGGGCCCAUGUUGAAGGGCUGAAGAUGGAUGUGUUCUUGCAGCAGCUGAAAAGUAAUGUGCUAGAAACUCAACUGCAGGUGGCUCUGGCCUCUGGAGACCAGACUGUCCUAGCUCAGAGCAGCUACUUUCAGCAGGAAGUUCAGGGGAAGGAGUGGAAUGUGGGAGACCAAGUCCUGCUAUUGAACUUCCCCAAACCUGGCUCGGCUCGAUGGGUUGGACCCUAUUAUAUUGUAGACAGGCUGAGUCUAUCUCUGUACAGGGUCUGGGGUUACCCAACUCCAGGGAAGCUGGGAGUCACUUACCCCACUAACUUGAUGAAGUUGUAUCCUCAAGGUGGUGCUCCCUUGCCCUCAGUGAUAUUAGAACAAUUGGAGUAAGCCACUGCAUCCCCUGCUUUUUUUGGAGUCUGGGAAAGGCUGCCUUAUCUCUCCCUCUAUUCUUCACUGCUCAUACACAGCCUCUCCUGGGCUUCAGCUAAGAACUAAUCUCCUGGGGAAACCUUCCUGACUUGAGAGUAUUCAGAGACUCUGCAAAGGACUUUUUCUAUCAGUUCCCCUGGCAACUUUGGCCAGGGUAGUAGUUUCUAGGUUUGUUUCUAGGUUUGGCUCAGCCAGCCUAUCCUUUCCUUUCAGGAAUCCACCCAGAAUGUCAUCCUUGACAGGCCUUAACCUGUCCCUAGGACCUCUGAGUGGGAACCUGACCAAAACCAACCUUCUUCCAGGGAAAGGAGAAGUCUCAUCAGGGGUUCCUUCCUUUUGCUUUUUCAGCGUGGUAUCAUCUAGCAUUGGCCUUGCCAGGAUGUCUCAAAACCUAGUGGGCUGAGAGAGAGCCAUGACCCUGGAUAGGGUGUAGGCUUGUUUGAUAAGCCACAUAGUCACUUCUCUAAGGCCACACUUAGGCUCAAUCAGUGACCCAGGAGAGACUGUUUCCCUGUCCCACUCAGCAUGUUAAUGUUGAGGGUUUUGAUGGUGCUGGAUCCAAAGGGAUCCUACUUAGAAAUCAUUGGAGCUGGGUCUGGAUUUUCCUCCAGUCACUGGCAGCUUUUGGGUCAGAAUGUACUGCCCUUCCCUAAAGUCCCCGGCCCCCACAAAUAUUCUGACUCCUCUAGUGCCGUUAAUGGAAAUCUCUGGAUCGAGAGUCCUGAGGCAUAGAAGAAUAGGUUGGAGUUUUAGGAAGGGGCUCUGCCCGCCUCGUUUUAUUCCAACUCCCCAAACCCCAUCCUGUGAGAGUUUCUGCAUUCUGGAAAUCUUGAUGCUAAGUGUGGGAUCACUGAGCCAGAAGAACUUGUCUUGACUUGUCCAAGGAGCUCAAUUCUUUUUUCCCAAGGGGUGGUAAAGUUGAGUCCUGUGUUGCUAUGACAAUGAGAAUACCGGCACCUGCACCUUCCCUGCACUGGCCCUUCCCUCCACCCUCCAAACACACACACACACACACACACACACACACACACACACACACACACACGUUUGUGAAAUAGCUUUGCAUUAUACCUCUGUGGAUGGGACCUUUUGCAUGUGCCUUCUAUAUAAUAGGAAAAUUGGUCUCACCCAUCAAACCCUCACCCUUUCCCACCCAAGUAACCCUGUGUGAAAACAGCUUUGCCCUAAAUCACAUUGUAGAUGGUAUCUUAUGUAUGUCUUCCAUGUAAUGGGAAAAUUGGGCUCACUGUUAAGGCCCCACUUCCUUCUCACCACAUUACCCUGCUGAGUACAUUACCCUACUGAGUGAAGCAAACCUUGACCCACAUUGUGCCCUGAAAGGGACUUUAUGUGUCUUUUGGGAAGUGGGAUUCAUUCCCAUUGCACUCAGUCCCCCAUCUACCAGUCAAUCAUUUCCUUAUUUCUCUUUAUAGUGAUUGGGGGUGGGAGUGAGUCUUAAUUUGAUUGGUUUAUUAACGGCUCAAACAGGACGUGAGCUUAUAUGAUCUUUUGGAUAGAAAUCAGGCUUGUAUUGAGGCCAGGCUUACUGAAUUUAGUGGUGGAAGAUAUCAUUCAUACCCCCACCCCUAAUUUUACAGAAAAGGAAGUUGAACUUUAUUAACACAUCAAAAGUUACACAGAUGACUAGUGGCAGACUCACUUGAUUUUGAGCUCAAUUUCUUCCCUGUUCCUGUGGGUUGAGGGAUGAAUGAUUUAGGAUAGAAACAAAAGCAGCUACACACUUUUUAGCAAUGAUUUAAACCUUUUACCUCCUCUUACUGUACCUGUUGGAGAAAAUUGUUUCCUUAAAUCAGGCUCAGUUCUUGCUGCCAUUGGCUUCUUCCAUCUUUGCUGUUCCUUGCCCUUUCUCUUGAUAACCCAGUGGCCCUACCCUUCAUCCCUCAAUUGAGAUCUGAAAUAGGAGGGAACUAUUUGGAGAGAUUCCUCUGUGUGUGUGUUUAGGCCAUUUGAACAAUCUCACAGACUACACAGGCAUCUUCCCCCAUCCCUCCCAAAGUGGCUCAUGGUAACUCUACCACAUGUUAUACCCUUUCUUGUUCGGUUGUGUCUGCCUCUUCUUGACCCCACUUGGGGUUUUCUUAACAAAGGUACUUGAGUGGUUUGUCAUUUCUUUCUCCAGAUCAUUUUAGAGAUGAGGAAACUGAGGCAAACAGGGUUAAGUGACCUGCCCAAGGUCACAGAGUAAGUGUCUGAGGCCAGAUUUGAACUCAGGAAGAGGAGUCUUCCUGACUUUAGACAUGGCACUCUAUCCACAAUGCCACCAAGGUACCCAACAUUACACCUGCCCUCAGAGCAAACUAAUUAGUCAGUAAACAUACAUAUACCUACCCCUGUCACUAGAUCAGAGAAGCAAGAGUCAGAGUUCAGCAAAACAACUGGUAUGAGUGACACCUUAACUUUUCAAGUGAGUUUAUCUGAAUCGGUACAUCACAUCGUCCUUCACAUAAUUCAGCAUGAAAAUACUUGUCAAAUGAACGAUUUGUAGAAUAUGUAGGAGGGAAAGCAAGGCAGGGAGAUCCAGUAGGACCUAAAAGGGUUCCCAAAAAUAAGAGGCAGUUAUUUCCUUUCCUGCUUGGGCUCUUAAGGAUCUCACUUGUCCCACCAGAUUCUCACUGGGGAGUACCCGCCACUUUGGUUUUCAACCAAACAAAAUUUGCAAGAUCAGAAUGAAGUUUGCCCCUCCCGCUGUGAUAUGACCCCUGGAGUUGAGGGAAGAAGUGAAGGAAGAGGGAAGGCAAGCUUAUAAUUGAAUUGCUUGAGCUUAAGGGGAUAAGGUGAGGAAGAUCAUUUCAUCUCUGCAGAUAGGGAGGAAAGAAGAAACACUAUCUUGCUAGUGGCUAGAGCUCAUGGUUUUGAGUCAGAGAGAGCUUGGGUAUAUAUAAUUCCUGUCUUUUAUACAUACUCCCUGGGUUCCCCUGAACAUAUUUACUCACAUCUGGGGGGGGCACCUCAGUUUCCUCACCUGUAAAAUCAGAAUAAAAAUUUUUUUUAAAUCAGGAUGACCUCUUCUCUUCCCACUAAAUCUAUUAUCCUAUGAAUCACGAUAAUAUAAUGGCUAAUGUUUCUACAAUACAUUAAAGUGUUCUGCCUAGAAUGAUAGAAUUAGAAGGGACCUAAAGCCCUUAUUUUGCAACUGAAGAAAAUUGAGAUGUGAAGUCACUGGCCUAAGUGAGGUCAUAUAACUCAUGAGGUAUUGGGAGCCAGAGCUAGAACUGAGACUGCCUUCUGAGGCCUAGAGAUGUUGCAGGGUCCGUUAAACUACAGUGUAAUUCAUUAAAUAAUGUCUGGUUCAUGGUUGCUGUGACCCUUCUAAAGACAGACUCUUAGAAUUUUUGUAACUGCAAGUGCUAUCCUUCCUCUGGGAAUGUAAAUCAAUUGAUACUGCUUGCUAAAGAUUUUGUUAUACAUGCAUACGUAAUUAAAUGUAGCUAAAUUACUAAUUGAGGCCUUUCCCCUCCCCCCCAUUCUAGGGGAUUCUUGUGUAUUAGGAGUUUAUUUACCUUGCUUCCCUUUCCCCUGUAGAAUUUGUUAGUAUUCAUAUACAGAAUCUCAAUUUUCCAUCUACUCGGUAUGUACCUUGUGUGUACCUGUUUAUAUCCAUGUUGUCUCUCCUGCAUUAGAAUGUAAGCUCCUUGAAGGCAGGUGCUGUUUUUCCUUUGUAUCU